CCUGCGGAUGAGGCCGGACGGCGGACCCGCUCCAGUCUGGUGAUUGGUCUUCCCCGCGCCAACCAUCAGAAUGGCCAGCCAAUCAGCUACGAUCUGCUGGCUCGCCCCAUCAAUUCUCUUGGCCAAUUUAACUUUAGCCAAAAGCCCGGUCUUUUGACUGUCGUUGGCCGAUAUUUGGCCAAGCAUAUCUUUCCUGAGCACCAGGAGUUGCACUUGGAGAGGUCAUCAAACUCUGAUCUUGAGUUCGACGCAUUUGAGCCUCGCAAGCCACGAAGAAGCGUGAAAGUGGUCCUGAAUAUAUCACGUUUGCUGCCCACGGAUCAAAGAGAAAAACCAAUUCCUUCCGGCACAAAUACAGCAUUUCUCAAUGGCCUUGAACUAAGUGCUGACCAAGAAUGGGCCUUAGCGUUGCGAGUCUGCACAAAGUUUCCCAAUGAUCUCGAAGGUUUUUCCAGCUUUUAUCUGAUGACAGAGUUUGCCGGGAUUCUUGGUAAUGACGCUCUUGGUCAAUUCUUUCUCCUCCGUUUGCUACCACUUGAGUGCAUGUUAUUCCACUCAAGUUGCGAGCCUUGGCUUACUGAUCCCUAUUCGACAAUAUUUAGUGAAGGCAGUGAGGCCGGGAAUCCCAUCGUCCAUGGGGAUGCGGGUCGUUGGCUUCAAACAAAAUCAGUUUCGCAUGCAUAA